AUGCGUUUGUCACACGAAUACUUCAUGAGUGUACUUUCAGAUCCAAUAUUUCUCAACAGAGUUAAAAUCCACGCAAACGAUGAUUUCAAAACACGCUCAAUCCAAGUGACUAAUGAAGAAGCGUGCAAAUAUUUUUGGAUGAAAGUAUGGAUGGAUAUACUGAUACCGGCUUACCGAAAACUUGAAUUUUAUCGCGAAGUUGAAGACAAUAAUUUAAAAGUACAUGUUAACGCACUUGACUAUCCUGAGUACAAUUACGUUAGCUUAUUAGGUGUUCCACCAACAUGGACACAGCUGCACUAUGUCAGUACAAUAGCGCAAAGUAAAGAAAGACCGUUUUUAAAGCCAAUAUUCAACUCUUUAGGAGUAUACAUAGCUUAUCUAGUUGUCGCAAUUAUAAUUAGUUUCCAUUACAUACUUAAAAAAUUCUAA